AUGAGCACAGGAAACCAAACCUAUCUGACUGAAUUCAUCUUGCUGGGCCUUUCUUCUGACCAACACACUCAAGUUGUGCUGUUUGCAGUGUUUCUUGUUGUUUACCUGCUCACUGUACUGGGGAAUCUGCUUAUCAUGGUGCUACUUCACUUCGACUCUCGACUUCAUACUCCAAUGUACUUUUUUCUUAAAAACCUGUCAUUUGUUGAUCUCUGUUUCUCUACAGUGAUUGUCCCUCAGAUGCUAUUUCAUUUGGUGGCUGUGAGAAAAAGUAUUUCCUUUACUAGGUGCUCAGCUCAGAUGUUCUUUUUCUUAGUAGUCGGAUGUACAGAAAGUUCCCUUCUAGCAGUGAUGUCCUAUGACCGUUACAUAGCAGUCUGCAAGCCUCUGCACUACUCUACCCUCAUGAACCAGAGGAUUUGUGUCCAACUAGUCCUAGCAUCCUGGACCUGUGGAGCACUUGUGUCUGUAGUCGACACAUCAUUUACUUUAUGUCUUCCAUACCGGGGACAGAAUAUAAUUAAUCAUUACUUUUGUGAGCCUCCUGCACUCUUGAAGUUGGCUUCUGAAGAAACCUACAGAGCUGAUAUGGCCAUCUUUGCAAUGGGUGUACUCAUUCUCCUUGGACCUGUCUCCCUGAUCCUUUUCUCCUACUGGAAUGUUAUCUCUACGGUGGUGUGGAUGAGGACAGGAGAAGGGAGACUCAAAGUCUUUUCUACCUGUGGCUCUCAUCUCAUUGUUGUUAUCUUAAUCUAUGGAUCCACAAUAUUUACUUACAUGCAGCCAAAUACCAAGAAAAAAAGUAAAUGGGAUAAGAUGGUCUCUGUGUUCUAUUCGGUCAUAACAUCCAUGCUAAACCCAUUCAUUUAUAGCUUGAGGAACAAGGAUGUCAAGGAAGCAUUUAAGAAAGUAUUCGGAAGAUAG